AUGGAUAUUAGUGCUAUGCCCUAUUGCUGUGCUAGAAGUGCUAGAAGUGCUGGAGGUGCUGGAGGUGCUGGAGGUGCUGGAGCAAUUGUUGGCGUAUGGACUAGAACAUAUUGGUAUUCGCCUUACAGAACAAUCGAACGCCACGAAGCCAGAACUACGGAGUAUUUUACAAAGUUCGCGCCUCUAAAGCAUCAGCAAGGAACAUUGUUCGGAAAAAGAGCUUCUUGGCUCCAGGAACAUGCCGAAAGGACAUUGCAGAAGGUCAAAGCGGACGAGCUGCCAAAUUGGAGUAUUCCUCGCGUAGAGGUAGUGUUCCGAAGGACGGGGAAGAAGGACAUCGACAGCGUAGUUGAAGCAGAUCGGAAAGAUGAUACCGAGGACGAAGUUCAUGAAGAAGAAGAUGAUUCACUUUGGUAUGCUCAUGCAAAGUCCAAGUUAACGCACGCUGUCACCAAAAGAGAGCUUAGUUUGCUAAAACAGAAACACCAUGCGGGUCGAAGAGUCCGCUAUCCUGAACGCCACCCCGGGAAAUCAUUUGGAGACUGGAUCGAGGACAGUGAGACGGAAGGUGCAGCUGAUGACCGCCCGUGGGACUUUGAGGAGUGA